AUGAAGGCUUACCUCCGAGCCUUUGAUUUACAGGAGGUUGUAAAAGUUAAGGGAGAACCCCCAGUUAUGAGGUACGUAAAUCCUACCAUUACUCAGAUAAAGAAGCACAGCGAGGAGGUGGCUAAGCAUUAUAAAGCUCUCUCCUGUAUUCAUUCUACCGUGACUGACUCAAUCUUCACAAGAAUUAUGGCUUGUGAAUCUCCAAAAGAAGCUUGGGACAAGCUUAAAGAGGAAUUUCAUGGCAGUGAUAAAACGAGACAGAUUCAAGUACUCAAUUUGAUGAGGGAGUUUGAGGUGCUAAAGAUGAGAGAAGAUGAAAGCAUAAAAGACUAUUUUGAAAAAGUCUUGAAGAUUGUCAAUCAACUGAGGUUAUUGGGAGAGGAGCUUUCUGACAGAAGGAUUGUGCAUAAAUUUCUGGUUAGCUUACCAGAAAAAUUUGAAGCAAAAAUCUCCUCUUUGGAAGACUCGAAGGAUAUGUCUAAACUCUUAGUGACUGAAUUGAUAAAUGCGUUACAAGCACAAGAACAAAGAAGAGCCAUUCGUCAAGGAGGGAGUGUUGAGAGUGCCCUUACAGCAAGGACCAAGGAUCUCAGACUUGGCAACUACAGUGCUAAAAAACAUGACAGCGUCAGGGGAGAUAAAGAAAAGAAGAAUGGUGAUGGCAAGCAAAACAAACGAGGAAAUAAAUUUCCUCCCUGUCAGCACUGUAAAAAAAGGAACCAUACUCUUAAAUAUUGUUGGUACAGGCCUAAUGUUAGGCCUAAUGUUAAGUGUAGGUCUUGUAACCACUUCGGUCAUGUUGAAAAGGUUUGUAAAGCCAAGAAUGGUCACACAGAUGAAAAGGCAGCAGUUGCAGAUCAAGUAGAUGCGACAGAAGAACAACUCUUUAUGGCUCAGAUUGCUGAUGAUGAGGAAAGGAACACUUGGCUCAUAGAUAGUGGAUGUUCUAAUCACUUGACAGGGAAUGAUCAACUCUUUACCAAGCUUGACAGAAACUUCAGGGCAAGAGUAAGAAUUGGAAAUGGGAUUUAUUUGAAGAUUAUGGGAAUAGGAACAGUAGUUGUGGAAACAGUGAAUUGCACCAAAUACAUCUCAGAGGUCCAUUAUGUGCCUGAAGUGACACAAAAUCUUCCAAGUGUGGGUCAACUGGCUGAAAAUCACUAUACCCUUUUGUUUAAAGAACAAUUUUGCACAAUUUUUGAUCCAUCUGGUGAUGAGUCCAUUUUGACCACAAGCACAUGGGUUCAGGCAGAGACAACAGCUUUAUGCUGA